AACCGUCAGUAAUAACUGACACAGUGUGGAGAACACACGUUCGCACGAUUUGGGCUAAGCUCGCUUACGAUCGUACUUCAUGAUGCUGUCAAUAUUUUUGUUUAUGUUUAUACUAUUACGAAGUAGCGCUCUCGAUGUUCGCGAAUGUUGUUCGGAUGGUGAAGUGAUAUUACCUAUAAAACAAGGACACUAUUGUUGGGAUAAGGCAAGGAAUACAACCAGUAACUAUACGCUGGUAUGCAAAGAGUACUACAUAACAUUAGCAAGAUUCAAUGUGUCCGACACUGGAGCUUUGCUUAUCCCUCUCCGCAACAAGAGCUUUGAACAUACAGGAGACUUUUGCGUGGGUACCCAAAUUACCAAUUUAAGCCAAUCCAAAUUAAGGCCAUUAGCCAUACUAUGCAGCGACGAAGAAGAUCAAAUUAUAGACGACCACAUUCUGGGAUACUGCAUGAUCGUUUCAGUAAUAUUUCUCGCGAUUACGGCAGGAAUUUAUACAGCCUUACCAGAACUCAGAGACCUCCAGGGAAAAAGUAUUAUAAACUUUUGUAUCUCUUUGGCAAUUGGACUUAGUAUAUUGACGAUCAUGAAGAUAAUGGAAUAUUCAGAUAUGAACCUAUGUGCAGUGCGCGGAUUUUUAGCAUAUUUUUUUAUGAUCGCCAGUUUUUUCUGGACCAAUGCCAUAUCAAUACAAGUUCUAAUAACAACGAGGCAACCGAACAUGAUUGCUGAUUAUAGAUGGAAAUACUUUAUAUGGUACGCGCUAUAUGCGUGGGGUGUCCCAAUAUUACUGACUACGGCGAUGGCUAUUGUCAACUUUCAUCCGGGUGACCACGAAAAACCUGGAAUUGGAUUAAACCACUGCUGGUUCUUCUCUAAAGCAUUACAAUGGGCCUACAUGUACAGUAUAAUGACGAUACUCCUGAUAGCAAAUAUUUGCAUUUUCAUCUACAUAUCUAGAAUAAUAUGGAAGACUAGAUUCACAUCGAGUCAUUUGAAAAUCGUCAGAUACAAGUUCAUGAUGACGAUACGUCUGGUUAUCCUUAUGGGAAUCCCGUGGGUUACAGAAAUGAUAAGCUCGUUAAUGCCAAACACCAUCAUAUGGACAAUCGUCGACGUAUUCAACACGCUUCAAGGAUUUUUGAUAUUUUUGGUAUUGGUCGUAUUCCGCCUCCGUGUUAUAAAGGCAAUGCACGCGCACGGCUGGCUAUGCUGUUUCUCAAAGCACGUCGACAAACACCUAGCGGCCAAGGAGGACGACGAAGACAACGUGAUCCAGCACACCGAACUACCAACUAUGGAUACCUAAAAAUCACAAUUACUUCACAUACCCUCGAAAUUCUUACCAAGAAUUCUUAGGUAUGAAGGUUACCUCAUGAUGAUUUCCUUCGCCGGUAAAGCGAAGCCAAUAAUUCAUUGAUUAACGACAGACACGUAACUUCGAAAAGUGAGGGGUGUGUGACUUAAGUUUGAACCUGCUAACUUUCGUCUCGGCAUACCGUAUCAUUCCCAACUAGACUAUAGCGCGAUUAAUAAUUUUACUAUUUCCUAAAUACUAAUAAUAUCGAAUAAUACAUGAAUACCAAAGAAAAUAUCUUUAUGUACGUAUUAUUUAAAUAUUUAGGUCAACGCGAAUACAUUUAAUUAAUUUGAAAUAAUAUCUCUAAUAAGUGUUACUUAUUAUUUUAUUUUGUGGGUCACAAUUAUUUUAAUAUUACCAUACGUUUAAAAUCUAUUUUUCUCUUACUUUCAUAAAAAUAUGGAGUUUCCCUAGACAACAAACUAUUAAUAAUUAAAGUUAAAAGAUGGAUUGUAAAACAAAUAAAUUAUGGCUAAAUUCAUUUCCACGUUCAUAACCACAUCUCUAUGUGGUUAAUUAUUGCUCAUUAAGCUUGAAGAUUUAUUACAAAGCAAACAAUGAAUUGUUACGGUUUAUAAUUAACUAACGGUUGCUCGUGACUUCGUUCGAGCGAAACAUUAUAAUAUCGUGAGUCAUCGAGACUGAGCAUUCUAUCGCAGUAGUUUUCGACUAAUAGGGGACCGACCUGCGUUUGAUUUUGGACAUUAUUCUAUAUGUAAUGAUUAAUAAUACGAAAAAGAAACCCUCCUGCGAAAACUGCAUUUAAAUUGGUUAAAAAAUGAGCCAGUAAUUCAUAUUUCAAAUAUUAUUAUGUGCCGAAGUGGGCGCGAAGUGGGAAUAUCGCUUCAUCUCUUUCUUUCAUACGCGUCGUAAUGCCUGAUGACGUCACACGUGGGUAUUGCGCCUCUUUUCUGUUUUUCGGUACUUACCCCUUCUACCGAAAUUGAAAGAUUUAUAGCUUUUUGAUUUUUUACUGGAUUUAAAUAAUUCUUUCUGUGUUAUAAUUAAGAUAACGUAAAUAUUUGAUAAUAAUAAAGAACAAAAAUGAGUCCGGUCCCCUAUUAUAAUUGACCAAUCUCAAAGGCAAUCAAUACCGACCUUACGACCCAGCUUUAAGCCGUUCGAUAAGGUGGUAAACUAAUGACUCUAGAAAGAUGAACUUUUGUUACAUUUUUUACGUUAUAUACGCAAAGUUAAAUAAUGGCUAAAAUGGCAAUGAAUAUUUAGUAGUAGGAAAUAAGGAUUUUUAUAAGGAAGUUAGUCAUUUUUGUAGUUAAUAACAUAAAUUUCGUAUUUAAGUUAAUGUUUAUAGUUAAAAGUAAGAAUCGGCGGUAUAUGAUAGAAUCAUACACUAUUUCUGUGAUAAUUGUAAUGCUGUAAAUUUUGAUAAAAUUUAUACUGUCCAAAAACUUGAUGACAUGAUCUUAGGGCCAUAUUAAUAAAUCACUCUCAUCUUUGAGGAAAAUUUCAAGUAGACAUUUAAUGUUUUGAAUUAUUUAAUUUAAAAUUAAUGUUCUCAGCUGAAUCGACGCUAAUACAUAAACAAAAGACAGCUCAGAAUCUGUCACAAUAUGUGACUUGAAAUGUUAUUUCAGGUGAUGUUAAUAUGGGUUUAUCUUAAAUAGCGACUAUGUUAAGAUGCCGACCUACAUUUGACAGCGUCUCAGCUGAUAUCGAUCUUGAGAGCGUAAUUGAGUUGCAUUUAUAAAUACGGCCCUUAGUGUUACACUUGGUAGUUAAUGAUAUGACAAGUUAGCGCGCGCGGCCCUUGUUAGCCGAACGUAAACUCGGCCCUUGAUGGCUAAGUAUGAAUUGUGCCCGAAAUGGCUCAAUAUGAACAGUGCUAUGGAAACAAAUUUAUUUUAUAUUGAAGUAAUAGGGACGCACGCGAAGCGAAUAUUUGCUGAUCUAAAAAAAUAUAAGGUUGCAAAGUACAGUCAGUGUUUUUGAAAAAAAUGUGCCUAAGGGGAAAACAUAAGUGACCAAAGUUCGUAGAUAUGGGAAGUUUGCCAUUUUUGAAAUAAGAGACACGAAAAUUGAUAUUUAGGCUUGUGUCUCAAUGUCGUCAUUUAUAAUUUGAAAAUAGGCCAAUAAAACCUAUCAAAUCUGCUUUAAUGAAAGCUAUUAAAAUGUUUAUCUUGUAAAAUAUAAUAUGGAGUUUAUUACAAUAAUGUGAAAACGCUCUUAGACUAUGCCUUAUUGGUUCUGGUUAAUAUACUUCGUUGCAAUUUUAUCAGUAAUUGCUAAAAUUAAGUCUGCUUUAAUAAGUGUAAAUAGUUAUUUUGAUAAGAUUUUUUAUAUUUUUUAUGUAAGUAGAUAGGUAGUAAGAUAUCAAAUAUUUUUUUUUUACUUAGGCUUUAAAUAAUGAAUAUACACUGAUAUUUUUUAUACUUUUUACUAUUUCUUUAUUUUAGGAAGAUUUACAGACAAAUUAUAUCAGUAAAGGUUAAACACCAGAUAUAGUCCUAUACUAAUUACAAAUCAUCGCCAGUAAAUAAUGCAUCGCAAUACCAUAAAAUUAUAUAAGAAAAUGCAUUUUAUAAAGCUGCAUUUAUUGUAUAAACAACAGAAUUACAUAAUUUUAGUGUUCGUUUAUCCUUGUAAGUAUUAAGUACGUAUACAAAUAAAUUUGUAUCGAUGUUUGUAACUGUUUGUAGUCUGUUUAAUCUUAAUAAUCCUUCGUACUAAUGUUAUAAAAGUAAAUAUUUAGAUGUUUGUAUGUUUGUUAGAAGUAAACGCAGAAACAACUGAACGGAUUUGGAUGAAAUGCGGCACACUGAGGAUCAUUGGAACAUGUUCUAAUUUAAUAGAAAUGCUACUUUCUAUCCAGAAUAUAUGCUUCCGUACGAAAAAUAAGAUUCUUUAAGUAGAUGGCCCUGCCGUAUUUCAAAUGGCGCUACUGAUCGAAACAGUGAUUUAGGGACUAUUGUAGUGGGAAAGCUUAUCCACGUGGGCGAAAGCGUGAGCAAUUCGUAAUAGAAUUAUAAUAUACCUGUGCUUAAUUUUUUUUGUAUCUAAAUACAUAUUCAUGUAAGUAUACAAAUAAAUAAAAGUUAAAAUGCUUUA